CUAUUUGAUGCCGCUGUCGAGAGGUCGGAUUUUUCUGGGUGGAUUACCCAUGGUGCCGCGGUGCAAUGAGGAAGCGGCCGUUGGCUGACACUCGGCUCGAGGAUGGCGGAGGACGCGGAGCAGUGUUCUCGAACCGGGACCCGAACCAUCCGGGUCACCGUCAAGACUCCGAAAGACAAAGAGGAGUUCGAGCUGGCGCCGGAUUGCACCGUCAAAGAGUUCACUUCGUUACUCCACUUCAAGGAAGAUAUAUCCAAGCGAUUCAAGGCACAACCAGAACAGCUUGUGCUAAUAUUUGCUGGAAAAAUCCUCAAAGAUCCAGAUACGCUUGCCCAGCAUGGAAUACAGGAUGGGCUCACAGUUCAUCUGGUUAUCAAAACUCAAAACAGGCCUCCAGAGCAGCAGAGCCAACCUGACAGCCAAAGCAGCACUGCUACUACUUCAGCAACAUCCAGCAGCACGGCUUCAACUAUUAGCAGCCUUGGUGGAUUGGGAGGACUUGCAGGUUUGAGCAGUUUGGGAUUAAAUUCAUCCAACUUUCUGGAGUUACAGUCUCAGAUGCAGCGCCAGCUACUGUCAAAUCCAGAAAUGAUGUCUCAGAUCAUGGAAAACCCAUUUGUGCAGAACAUGCUGUCAAACCCAGACAUGAUGAGACAGUUAAUUGUGACCAACCCACAGAUGCAACAGUUGAUUCAGCGAAACCCAGAGAUUAGUCACAUGCUUAAUAACCCAGACAUAAUGAGACAAACUUUAGAGCUUGCGCGAAAUCCAGCUAUGAUGCAGGAAAUGAUGCGGAACCAAGACCGAGCUCUUAGCAAUCUAGAAAGUAUUCCAGGCGGUUACAAUGCUUUGAGACGAAUGUACACUGACAUCCAGGAACCAAUGUUGAAUGCUGCCCAAGAACAGUUUGGAGGCAACCCCUUUGCAUCUUUGGUGAGUAGCCCUGAUGCAGGCAAUCAGCCAUCACGCACAGAGAAUCGAGACCCCUUGCCUAAUCCCUGGGCUCCACUGUCGAGUUCACAGACACCUACAAGUACAACCACAAGUGGAACUACCAGUCAGCCCACAAUGUCAGGCCUAGGAGCUGGAUUGGGAGGAUCUGGUAUGUUCAACACACCAGGUAUGCAGAGCCUAUUGCAGCAGAUCACAGAAAACCCACAGCUAAUGCAGAACAUGCUCUCAGCGCCUUACAUGAGGAGUAUAAUGCAGUCUCUGAGUCAGAACCCUGACCUUGCAGCACAGAUCAUGCUGAAUAAUCCGCUGUUUGCAGGAAACCCUCAGCUGCAAGACCAAAUGAGGCAACAGAUCCCUAACUUUCUGCAGCAGAUGCAGAACCCUGAAACAUUAUCUGCUAUGUCAAACCCAAGAGCCAUGCAGGCUUUACUGCAGAUUCAGCAAGGCCUGCAGACGUUAUCUACAGAGGCCCCAGGGCUUCUGCCAGGAUAUGGCAGUGGUAUUGGAGGAAUUGGCACAGUUACCCCCAAUACAAAUGAGAAUACUGGUGGAGCAGGUGGAACAGUGGGAACUGAUGGCGGACAGCAGCAUUUUGUGCAGCAGAUGUUGCAAGCAUUAGCUGGAACGAACUCCCAGGUCAUUGCUGGGCAGACUUUGACUCCGAAUCCUGAAGUACAAUUUCAGCAACAACUUGAUCAGCUCAGUGCAAUGGGAUUUCUGAAUCGUGAAGCCAACCUUCAAGCUCUAAUAGCAACAGGUGGAGAUGUCAAUGCAGCCAUUGAAAGGCUACUGGGUUCUCAACCAUCUUAGCAAUCUUUCUGCAGCUUGCAAAUAAAUUGUAAUUUAUUUUUGAUAUAACAGCAGUUAAAUCUUUAAAAACAAAUGCUCUUUUCAGCUUGACUUUUGAGGUUCAGUCUUGCAGUUGGAGAUGGAGAUAAUUGCAUUAUAAUAAGAGAGUGCACAGAGGCAUUUGUACAGUACAUGAGCAUUGGGAUUUACUGCUUUUUUUUGUCAGGCCAAGAUGUUGCAUGCAUAGAAAUUUUCUGUUCUGUUUGUAAUUUUUAAAAACUUAGAUGAGUCAUGUGAAUAGUUUUUUUGGUCUGACCUGAAAAUCUGUUUAAAUCUCAAGUCCUGCUGUUUAACUAGUAGCCUCUUGAUAGCAAUUUGUAUAGAAUAAAGACUUUGCAAGAGAUGCAGAAGAAACUGAUCAAAACUGCAGUGUCUGACAACUCAUAGCAUAUUGUGAACGAAGCAUGCAUUAAGGCAAAUACAUCCAAAAGACUAAAUGCAAAAUACCACUGAAUCUAAUAUUUAUUACUUUGCUUUAUAUGCAAAAUGAAAUGCAUAGAAGUGUACUUCAUUACAUAUUAUUUCACUGAAAAUUAUUCAAUACCUUUCUAGUCUUGUUGAAUGCAAUUGCAGUGGUUUUGAGCUUCCUAAUUCUGGAUGACUUCAAUUCUUUGUGCAGCUUUAAUGAGCACCUUAUUCUAAACUGUGUGCUUUCAACUACAGCAGAUUGGCUUUGGCCAGUAAAAUCCUAGCAUACUGUAUGUGCAUUAUAAUUUGGGAUGUCACUUUUUCCCCCCCAAGUGUCACUUGUGAUAUUAAUCUAAUUAUUUCUCUGAACUGCCUUGUACAAAAUAUUUAACCUGUCAGUUUUUAUCAGUAGUAAUUACUUAAGUGCACAGAUCAUUAAAACUGAAUUAAAAAUAAA